AUGUCUCACAGUAACAAAUCUCGUCGCAAGUCAAUCGGCUUUAUCGAUGCCCUCGGCAUAAGGACCAUGGCCCCUGAGACUUCCCGACGAAGCUCUCGACAUGGUAGUCGCCAUGAAAGUCGCCAUGAAAGUCGCCAUGAGAGUAGCCGUGAGAGUCGCCAUGGAAGUCGUCACCAUCAGGGUGGCACUUCUUCCACUGGAUCAACUGCAGCAUUUAGAGCCGCUCGACUCGCCAACGCACCACCCGGUCUGAACCUCACAGCUAGCCAGUGGCGUCAGUACGCUGACGUUCCUCCUGGAUAUAACUAUGAGCUAGAGGAUGAGGAGUGCGACUGCGGCAACUGUCAUGAAGAUGAGAUGCCACAGCCACGUCUCCCUGCACCUGAACCUGAAGCAGAUCGAUUUCGCUCAGCGUGGUCGCACUCUGAAGGCUCAGCAUUAACUCGUGUGCGUAGAGCUGAUGAUCGCCGAGUGGCCCGUCUCAACCGUUUGGAAGGUGAGAGAUCUUCGACUGACUCUUCUGGAUCGAGAUUGCGACACCAGGUAAGUUAUGAUGCCAACAACGACGCUCUGUUUGCGAACAUUCCGCGCUCCGAUGGAAGCCGUCGCGCAGGUGAGAUCAUCAUCCAUCGUCAGGGUCCAGAAGGUCUGCCUACUGAGACUUUCGGACAGCGGGAUUUGUACGUUCACCCCUUGCACAACUCCCAGUUCUUUGUCAACCCUCGCGAAGUAUCUCCUGUUCCGCAGUAUGGAUCUGAUGUGCGGCCAGGCCAUCCAAUGAGGACUCUCACGCCUCAAGAGAGACAAAGUCGCAUCCAGUCCUGGCGGGAGGAGCUUCCGGAGGACCAUGGCCCAGAGCCAUCGGUGUUUGGCGGGAGCAACGCUUCAACAGUUUGGCCUGGCCCACGAGGUGGAGGUUAUGCUGGGAGUGUCGCACCGGAAGAUAGUGCCACCCAGAUCAUGGCUCCUAGGUAUGGGAACCGAGAGUCUCAUGCUGGAUCCCGACCUGGUGGUGGACACAGUCGACGACGUUGA